UUUAAACAUUAAACAGCUAAUAUAUAGCACUUAAUUUUUAAUCUUACCCUGCAUAUAAAUAGUCAUUUUAUUUUUGGGCUGAAAUUUACUUCCAAUGGAAUCUGAAGCCUCCAAUGUUCCAUCAAAUUUGAACAUGACAAUUCCUAUUCCAUCAGUAGAACUCGUCAGUGAAAUCCUUUCGAGGCUUCCAGUAAAAUUUCUCUUGAAAUUUAGGUCUGUUUCGAAAUCUUGGCUUUCUUUAAUCUCUAGCUCUGAAUUUAUCAAGAAUCAUCUGAAUUUAUCGGCUAAUAACAAGGAAGACACCCACCAUGUACUUAUUUUGGAUGUUGGUGGAGGGAAAUGGAAUUAUAAGGGAUUUCCUCUUAAAUCUUUAUUUUAUGACUCUGUUACUGAGCCUCUUGAAUUGGAUUUUCCCAUUGAAAAAAACAAUCAUUGGCACUAUGUUAAGGGUUCUUGCAAUGGAUUGGUUUAUCUUUCCGAUUAUUGCCUAGAAUAUUCCCUUUUAUGGAAUCCAACUACUAGAAAGCACAAGGAUUUGCCUCCUUUUAGACCUAGAGCCAAAAAAACCGAACCCGCAUUUGGCUUUGGAUAUGAUGAGCUCCAUGAUGAUUAUAAAGUAGUGAUUAUUUCUUAUAAUUAUACUAUUCGCACUUCAGAUGACAUUGAGGUCAAAGUAUAUAGUCUAAAGAGUGAUUCUUGGACUAGUGUUGAUUAUUGUGAUGAGGGGAUAUUCUUUAUCAAAAAAAGUCCUGGUUAUUGUGGGGAGAUAUUAAUUGAUAAUGGUUUUUUGGGUGGGAAGCUUUAUUGGGGUACUUCUAUUUCUGAUCCUAAUCCUAAUGUGCAUAACAGCAGGAACAUUAUGGCUUUUGAUUUAGCUAAUGAGAAGUGGGAAAAGGUGGAGGAGCCCUCCUAUGGAGAAAGAGAGACUGAAUUGCUUGUGGGAAAGUUGGGAAGUGAUCUUUGUGUCUUUAUUGAUUAUAAGACAAUUCAUAUAGGUGUUUGGGUUAUGAAAGAGUAUGAGGUUAAAGAAUCUUGGAUAAAUAUGUUUACCAUCCCAUAUCCAAAUGAUCCAGAAUGGUUUCCAAACUUUUUUAUGUCAAAUAAAGGUAAAAUAUUGUCGGUGUCUGGAGCAACUUUCAUGAUAUACAAUUCAACAGACGACUCAUUCAGAUAUUCAUGUGUUACUAACUGUCAUGACGGUCAAUAUGCCCAAUUCUACCUUGAAAGCCUAGUUUGCCCUUUAUCAACCCAAGGGGCAGAGAAUGCGGAAAAAGCUCAUAUUAAAAAAUCUAGUAACAAAUAA